UAAAGUGACGCAUGCUGCAGACUCAUGGCUCUGUUAGCUUAUCUCCUCUUCUGAUUUGAUUUCUUUAUGUCUCACAAAGUGGCUUCAGGUCGGACGAUUUGAGAGGGAUCAACCAUGCAGAUGAUCACUUGACUGGAACUGGAACUCUAGUAUUUUUGUUUGAGGCCAUGAAGUCGUCUCUCACUUUCUGUGGUAUUCUAAUGGCAGUGUGUCUACUGUGUUCAGAUGCCUCCGACAGUCACAGCCUGUGGGGUAAGAAAGUAAAAUUCGCAGGUCCUCGAUGUUUGUGGCAGCUCAACCCAAACACUGCAGUACCAGCCCUAAAGGAGCUGACCGUAUGCACGCUUUUACGCUUCACAAUUGUAACAGAAUGGACAGGUUUUGUCUACAAAGCACCAGGGGGAAGACGCAUAGAACUGGGACUUCAGGGCACAGGUGGAAACGUGUCAGUGUUUCUGUUUGAGAAACAAGUGAACUUGAAAAAUCAACUGACAUCAGGCAAAUGGUACUCCAUUUGUGUCACAUGGUCUGGCCGAACUCAGAACCUCCGGGUCUACAUAAAUGGAGACAGCAAGGUUGAGGUCCUUUUGGAUCCACCCUCAUCCCAACAUCUGGCCCCAAAUGGUACGCUCACUCUGGGAAGAUCUCAUUUUGUCUCAAAUGGUGGAGUGCAGCUUGAGAGUGGGAAGGAACUGAUGGGGGAGAUCGGUCUGUUCAGGAUGUGGGCCAGAGAAUGGAGCGCUGAGGAAAUAAAAGGGGAAAGCUGUGCUGAUGGAGACGUGUUGAGCUGGGACAUACGGCAGUGGGAAUACAAGUGCCCUCCUCCUGUGCCUGACAGCAGCCUACAUUGUGCAUGGUCACUUUACAAAAUCAAAAUGUGGACAUUCAUGGAUCUUCCUCAGAGGGCUGGAAACUGUCCGGUGUCACUGGAAAAAGUCACAAGAAACUGGCUGGAGAACAUUUUCCCUCGUAACAUUGUCGUCCAUGACAUCUCUGUGUCAUCUCCAAGCCGUAGCUGCCAUGUGGUUAAUAAUUCUGCAGCUCUGCACAUGCAACAACCUCAGGAAUCAUGGGCGUUCUCCGUGUGUGACAAGUGUUUCAGCAGUGAGGCCUAUGUGAGUGUUGAUCCUGCCACUCCUGUAGACAUGGUUCAGGCGAAUAUUAUUGCUCUACUGAAUGUGACCUUCUCUUCUGAAAACCUCAACCUGACAGCUGAUACUUAUAGCAUCAGCAUUCUACCUAUAGAGUCAUUCCCUGCAGAGUCAGAACCAGCUCCAACCAUCAGCACUGCUGCAACUACAACAGUUGAGACAGGUCCAACUCAAAGUCUGCAAACUCGCCCCGGUAACGUGUCGACGACUGGAGGGCCUCUAGAUCUCAAUGAAACCGCCGUUGGGCCUGAUAAGUUCUUCAGAGUUAAUCUGAACUUGAUUUUGACUGGCAGCCCUACAAAUCCACAGGAUGUUGUCAAGAAAUGGGUAAAGGAGCAGCUGGAGGGGAAUAGGACCAUGACUGUACUGAAUUUCAUCAUAAAGGAGGAUGAUAGAAGGGACAUGGGGCAAGGACUUAUGAUUACCCCGAGUCAACAAAGAAAAUAUAAUUGUACCUUCCAUGUUCAGGAAUACAACAUUAACACUGUGGAAAUAACGAAAGAUCUUAUUUAUGCAGCAUUGACAUCAAAGUAUGAAAGUGACUCCUAUAUUAUUCAAAGUACAGCUGUGUUGAUCAAGCAAAUAGUGCCUGAAGACUGUUUAGAGGAAUCUACAUCAACAAUCUAUGGGGAAUAUUUUUGGGAUACAACAUUUCCUGAAGUCACCCGGGAAAUGGUAUGCAGAAAGCCAAAAUCAGAAAGAGCUUACAGGCAUUGUAAGUUAGACAUUGAAACUGACAAGACCAGCUGGGCUGAGCCUAAUAUGACAAAUUGCAAACCUCUUGUGACCAUAUCAGACCUGGAAAAUAUCACAGUCACUGCUAGUAAUGCGGGGGAGGUGGUGGACAUGAUUCAGGGCCUUGUGGAUGAUCAGUUGGGAAACAGUCCAGAGCUCUCUUCCUCUGAUCUGGGUGCAGUGGUGGAGAAGCUCAAUGAAGUUGUUGAUGUCAGCAACAUCAAACCUACUGUUGGUGCUGAUAUUGUCAAUAUUGUUGCAGAUAUCCUGCUUUCCAAAACUGAAAUCACUCCAGUAGCAGGCAUUGUCCUUAACUUGACAGAGAAAAUGGGCAACCAUAUGGAUUUUGAAGAUGAAUCUGCUAGUGUAACAGCCCCCUCACUGGCCCUGUCCAUGGUCAACAUAGCUCCAGGGGAAUUCAGUGGCCUCACAUUUGGUGUGUCCUCCAUUUCUCCAGUUCAUAACCCAGAGAUUUUCAUCGACCCGUGCUUUGUGAGUGAACCACUCCCUGACUCAGAUGCAACUAUCUCUUUGCCUGCUGCUCUCCAUGACCUUUUCCCUCCUGGAGAAGUAAAGAGAACCCGAAUUCAGUUUCAAUUCUACGGAACUGCAGAACUUUUUCAGGACCCAGACAUAAACAAUGAAACUGAGAGCACCACAGCACUGAAUUCAUAUAUAGUAUCUGCCAGUGUCAAUAGCAGCCACAUCAGCAAUCUGAAGGACCCAGUGGUGGUCACCCUGAACCAUCAAAGAGCCAAACAGCAAAACGACAACGUACGGUGUGUGUUUUGGGAUUUCCGGAGAAACGCUGGGCAAGGCGGCUGGAACAGCAGAGGUUGUGAAACCCGGAGUAUCUCUCCUAAUCAGACCAGCUGUCGGUGUGAUCACCUCACUCAUUUUGCUGUGCUGCUGGAUAUUUUCAAAGGUGAUAUCAGCGAGACUGACAGUCAGGUUCUGACAGUGAUUUCAUAUCUUGGUUGUGGUAUAUCCUCCAUUUUCCUGGGCAUCACUCUUCUCACCUACCUCGCUUUUGAUAAGCUGCGUAGAGACUACCCAUCAAAGAUACUCAUCAACCUGUCAGCUGCCCUGCUCGGGUUAUGCAUGCUCUUCCUACUUGACUCCUGGCUCUCAUCCUUCUCCAACUAUGGUCUGUGCAUUGCCACUGCUGCAUCCCUGCAUUACUUCCUGCUGGCUUCUUUCACCUGGAUGGGCCUGGAAGCUGUGCACAUGUACCUUGCAUUGGUCAAGGUCUUCAACAUCUACGUUCCAUACUACAUCCUCAAGUUCUGUGCUGUGGGAUGGGGUAUUCCUCUGGUAAUAGUCAGCCUGAUACUGGCCAUAGAUAAAGAUGCUUAUGGCAGCACUGUGCCGGAAAUGGCUAAUGUGGCUCUUCAGUCCACUGACCAAUUCUGCUGGCUGCAGAAUGACGUCUACAUCUAUGUGACGGUGGUGGCUUUUUUUCUUCUGAUCCUGUUGUGUAACAUCUCCGUGUUCAUCGUGGUUCUGAUCCAAAUCAAACAGAUGAGGGUCAAUAACUCGUCCGCAAACAACCGCACAUCUCUGCAAAACCUGAGGGCAGUGGCCAGUCUCACAGUCCUUUUAGGCUUGACAUGGGGGAUGGGCUUCUUUUCAGUUGGCCCAGGAAGAGUGGCCAUGUUGUACCUGUUCUGCAUCUUCAACACUUUGCAGGGGUUCUUCAUUUUUUUGUUUCACUGUUUGAUGAAGGAAAAUGUCAGAAAGCAGUGGAGAGACUUGUGCUGCGGACAUCUCAGGCGAAAUGACCACUCAGACUGGAGCCGCUCUGUGUCAGUGGGUGGUGGUCAUGGCAAAAAUAAUAUUCUUGUUAACUCCGACUCAGUGGCUUCUGACAACACCACAACCAGGAAGGUGUCAGACUCCUCAACAGGAUCCCCGCCAAACAACCACCAGAUGGCGUGAGCGGACCCCUGUUUACGCCGUACUGUAAAACUGCUCUCUCCAAGGUUCAUUCUUUAGUCUGUGAAGAAAACAGAACGUUUCUAUUUCUGCAUUAUGUAGGAGAAGCUCAAAUAAACCACAAUUUCCAGUGAAGCCAAACCCUGCAGUCGAGUGCAGUGUGCUGAAAUUGUCCUUUCUUUUUGCAAGCAUUAAAAGUCCUAAAACCCCCAAUCUACAGUUCAACCCCAAAGUUUCCACUAGUGUUUUCACUGUACAGUUAUAUGCUCAGUUUGCACAUGUUUUACAGUAGAGUGAGGAAUUUAUGUAAUUUUGCACAGAAUGCAGAGACAGGGUUAAAUGUUCAAUUGUAAUGACAGUUUCGGUAACUGAGACA